GGAGGCACAGCGAGGUACAUCAGACCCGGCAGCAUCCCUUCUACCCUCCUUGACACCCUGUGGCUUCAGACCUUAGGAGUCGCAUUUGCAGACCCACAGAGAACCAAACCUCGGCUGCUUUUCUCCAGCCCUUGUGGCUAGCUCAGGGCAGGCACCUGCGCCCCACGCCGCUGAAACUUGCAGCAUCGCCGGGCAUCUGCCUCUUCGGAGUCCCUCCUGCUCUAUACCACUCCACCACACCCGUGGGUUCUGUUUGCCUCUCUUCCCUAAAUCGCGAAGACUUCAGAACCCAGCAGCACCUUCGAAACACUUCACCCCUUCCAGUCCCUGCUCCUCCUCGUGUCCCAAGAGUCUCUUGCUACCAUGAGCUGCCCCAUUGACAAAAGGCGUUCCCUGAUCGCCUUCCUGCGCCGGCUGCGCGACCUCGGGCAGCCCCCCAGACCCGUGACAUCCAAGGCGUGCGCUUCCCGCACGCCAAAAGAGGUGCCCCUCUGCCCGGUGGUGACAAGUGGUCAGAAUCGGGACGCCACCUCCCUGCCUGGACCAACCAACUGGCCACUGCUAGGCAGUCUACUGGAGAUUCUUUGGAAAGGUGGCCUGAAGAAACAGCAUGACACGCUGGCAGAGUACCACAAGAAAUACGGCCAGAUUUUCCGGAUGAAGCUGGGCUCCUUCGACUCGGUGCACCUGGGCUCGCCGAGCCUGCUGGAAGCGCUAUAUCGUACGGAGAGCGCUUAUCCUCAGAGACUGGAGAUCAAACCCUGGAAAGCUUAUCGUGACCACCGCAACGAGGGCUACGGGCUGCUGAUCCUGGAAGGAAGAGAGUGGCAGAGGAUCCGAAGCGCCUUCCAAAAGAAACUGAUGAAGCCGAUGGAGAUCAUGAAGCUGGACAAUAAGAUCAAUGAGGUCUUGGCUGAUUUUAUGGGAAGACUAGACGAGCUGUGUGAUGAAGGAGGCCGCAUCAAAGACUUGUACAGUGAACUGAACAAGUGGUCGUUUGAAAGUAUCUGCCUUGUGUUAUACGAGAAGAGAUUUGGGCUCCUUCAGAAGGACGCAGAGGAAGAAGCUCUGACCUUCAUUACGGCCAUCAAGACGAUGAUGAACACAUUUGGAAAGAUGAUGGUGACCCCCGUGGAGCUGCACAGAAAACUCAACACCAAAGUGUGGCAGGCGCACACUCUGGCCUGGGACACCAUUUUCAGAUCAGUAAAGCCAUGCAUCGACAACCGUUUGGAGAAAUAUUCCCAGCAGCCUGACACAGAUUUCCUUUGCGAUAUUUACCAUCACAAUCAUCUCUCCAAGAAAGAACUGUACGCGGCUGUCACGGAGCUCCAGCUUGCUGCAGUGGAGACGACAGCAAAUAGCUUGAUGUGGAUUCUCUACAAUCUAUCCCGGAACCCCCGAGUGCAGCAGAGACUUCUUCUGGAAAUCCAGAGCGUGUUGCCCGGGAACCAGGCACCGCGGGCAGAGGAUCUGAGAAGUAUGCCCUACUUAAAGGCCUGUGUAAAAGAAUCCAUGAGGCUUACCCCAAGUGUGCCGUUCACAUCUCGGACUCUCGACAAACCAACAGUUCUGGGUGAAUACACUUUACCCAAAGGAACAGUGUUAAUGCUAAAUACUCAGGUGUUGGGUUCCAGUGAGGACAAUUUUGAAGAUUCCAAGCAGUUUAAACCUGAACGCUGGCUUCAGAAGGAGAAAAAGAUCAAUCCCUUUGCACAUCUCCCAUUUGGCCUUGGGAAGAGGAUGUGCAUUGGGCGUCGACUGGCUGAGUUACAGCUCCACUUGGCCCUUUGCUGGAUCAUUCAAAAAUACAAGAUCAUGGCUACAGAUGAUGAGCCCGUUGAAAUGUUGCAUCUUGGCAUCCUGGUACCCAGCCGGGAGAUACCCAUUGCAUUCUGUCCUCGGUAGGAUGCUGAGACUUUUUUCCACCAAGAUCAAGACCAGCAAUCUUUCCCUUUCUGCAAGAAUGGUGCUUAUGGCUUCGGUAUUCCUAGAUGGCAAACUUCAAGGACCUGAGCAUGGGACAGCCUGCAGAGCAUGGCUCACAUUGUCCUCCAUAGACUAUUCUAGAAACUAUUGUCUAGACAAUGAUGUUUACUAAGACCAUCGACUCAGGGAAGCACAUGAAGUGUGGGAACACCAGCCUAGCCCCCUCUAGACCUCACCACUGGUUUACAUCAGCCAAUCAGAGUCCUCCUUGCUUCUGUGGACCUCCUCAAGAGCCCGCUGCCUCUCCCUCUUCUGUGAUACCACUGUGAGGCUGACAAUCAGCCAUUCUAGAAAAGGUUGCUAAGUAUUUCUGCUACCAUACCCAAAGAAGUGUCUUUAAUUCUCAUUUCCAUCUCAUAAAGAAAGACCUACUAUGGCUUAAUUAUCUGGGGAUCUGAGUGGGUCUGACAGGCCACUUAUUAUUAUAACUCUCUUUCAUGCAAUAUUUACAGAAAUGCCAGUUGCCGACAGAGCUAAAAGUUAGUUAAAGGCUCUCAUACAGCUAUUUUCCCUGCAUACAAGGGGAAACAUGGUUGGGGAUUAGAAACUGUCUAUUUUAAAGAAGUUCAUUCCUUAGUGAAACCAGCUCCUUGCUUAAAAAUGUCUUGUUCAUGCAGAAGACUCUGUAAUUUUUCAUUUCAUUGGUAUCUUUUCUCUGUAGCAUUGGAGUGUGCAUGGACCAAUCAGCAGUUUCUAAGCUGUGCAUGUGUUGGCACAUGUGUGCAAGUGUGUGUGUGUGUGUGUGUGUGUGUGUGUGUGCAUGUGUGUGUGUGUGUCUGAGCUCUGAGAGUACUUUGCUUCAGUAAUGCUUUUCCAGGAAAGACAUAGGGUGCCCAAUUUAGGGUCUUCAGUGUGGGACUAUGUCCCAAAAUUUACUCACAGCUUAAAGGUACUCAUUGCAACUUUAAGAAUAGGAUCUCCCAUGCCUUAAUUUCUUUAUCUAUUCAAAGUGAUAAUGGUAAUACAUGUGUACUUAGAGACUACCUAUGCAACACUUAUAGUAUGACUUGAACCCCCUGGGAAAACACAAUUUCAUCAGCGCAAAAUGUGGAAUUAUGCACUACCCACAAAACUUAAAAAUGUUUACAUACGACUUGUGCAUUUUCUAUCCAGCACUUUUUUUCUAUAGAAGUUUACUGUUUAUUUCUGUAUAUUUGAUAAAGAUUUCCCUUUUAGGUUAUAGUUUUAGAAUAAUUCUGAAAUAUACAUGGAUAUGUACAUUUGAAUGAAUAUGUGUGUAUCGGUAACACAGGAAUAUGCUUUCUCUCUCUUGUGAAAUUAUUUUUAAAUUGUAAAUCCAGAGAGUAAAGAUGUAGUUCUGUGGUAAGAGUGUUUGCCUAGUCUGUGUGGGGCCCUGGGUUCAAGCUCCAGU